AUGUCACGAAGAAAAAGUCUUUUAGCCAUAUAUCACGAGAGUAUGUUGCAAGGUGGCCAUUUCAGCGAAAGUACAACGAUAAACAAAAUAUGUCCUUUGUAUUGCUGGCCUUCAAUGACGGUAGACACUAAGACUUAUGUGAAAAGUUGUCUACAAUGUCAAUUGAUGAAAAGUUACAGACCUAACGUUGAUGGUACCUUAAAACCCUUAGAUAUCCCUACAGGUCGUUGGUUGGAUAUUUCCAUUGAUUUUAUUACUGGCGUGCCUGAAACACUGUUCACUAAGAUGAAUAUGAUAUUGGUUGUGAUAGAUCGUUUUACAAAACAUGCUCAUUUCAUUGCUACCAAUAAAGAUUGUGGCUCCCAAGAAACACUGAAUUUUCUGUACUGGUUUGUUUUCUGUUACCACGGUUUUCCUCGAUCUAUUGUAUCGGACAGAGAUAUUCGCAUUACUACUGGUGUUUAUAAAGAAUUAACGGAACCUCUAGGUAUACAAUUAAAGCUGUCCUCAACGAACCACCCACAAACCGACGGACAAACUGAUGCAACAAAUAAGACGCUUGGUCGGUCGUUAAGAAGCUAUUGUUCUAAUGACCAACGACAAUGGGACCGAUUUUUACCACAUCUAGAAUUUGUCUACAACAGUACCUUUCAAAGGUCAUUAGAAGCUGCUCCAUUUGAAGUUGACAUAGGUUUUAUUCCGAAUGAACCCUUAUUAGAUACUGGUAUUGCGCUAUCAUCUCGAAGCGAUUCUGCUGUUGAAAUAACUAAGACUUUAAAAGCCGUAUCGUUACGCACAUCUGACAUAUUGAGAGAAUAUCAAGAAACUAUGGAUCUUCAGACUAAUGUACAUCGAAACGAAUUUAAUUAUGAAGUUGACGAUUUGGUCCUGUUACACCACGAUGUUUAUUUCACUGGGGGAAGGUAUACCAAGAUACAAUCUAUUUUCCUAGGUCCCUUUAAACUGGUUAAAUUACAAAACAACACUUGUAAACUAGAUUUACCAUCAUCAUUCAAGAAACAUAGAACAAUUAAUAUAAAAUGGAUUAAAAAAUUUAUACAUUACAAAGAUAGGUACCCAAAAGGAUUGCCACAUAUAUCUACUGAGAGACUUCUGGGAAUUCCUGAGAUUAUUUCGGUCGUUGGCUAUGAUAUCGAGUUAGGCAUGGUUUACUGUAAGAUGCAAGAUACAGACCCUCCGCUAAUCUGUUCUUACCCAUUAGAAGACUUUGCCCAAAUUCCUAGGUUUAGAAAAACGUCGUUACUGAACAAUUUUAAUUCAUUAGCUAGAACAUUGGAGGAGGAAGGUAUUGUAGACAUAUUCUAA